GUUUCUCUUGUUGGACAUUGUUUGUUUUAGACAACACAGGUAAAUUUUAUUAUCUUCACUAUUAGUAGCAAUAUGAUGAUAUUUAUAAUUUAAAUUACCCACUUUUCUUAAAUUUGUGCUUAAGAUGAUAAGUCUUAAAUUGUAUUUAAUAAUUUUUUUUCUUUUAGGAAUUUCAGACAAUGGAGAGGGGAAUGUUUGGCAUUUUGGUACUUUCAGGUCUCUUCCAUUGUGUGUUCUCUUAUCUUCAUAGUCGGUACAACUUUAUCAACACGCCAAAAACUUGGUCGGAGGCUCGUAAAUACUGUAGAGAGAAAUACAUUGAUUUGGCCACAAUCACUGAAGAACGGGACCUGGUGGAACUAGCUGCUCUGACUGAGCCCGGUGUCCAGUUGGUCUUCAUCGGUUUGCACAGGGCUUGGGGUUGGUCGUACCCAGGCGCUGAAGUCUACAGUCAGCGAGAGCUGACCUACUUGAACUGGGCAAGUGGUGAACCCAAACAAAACUUUCAUUAUUGUGCAGGCAUGGGAAAGGAUGGAACAUGGGUUUCUGCAAACUGCAGCACCAGGAUGAAUUUCUUCUGCUACGAAGGAAUAUUUAUUGAACAACUCUUGUCUUUUGCAGAGUCCGAAACUCGCGUCACUGAAAGGUUUAUUUUGAAGAGAGAAUUCCUGAGCUGGGCCGAUGCUCAGCAAAGCUGCAGAAAACAUCACACAGACCUGGCCAAAGUGCGGGACAUGAUUGAUAAUAAUAUUCUGCAUAUGAUGAUUGGAGGAGGCCCGGUCUGGUUCGGGCUGACGGAUGUAUUCUGGGUGUGGUCUGAUGGGAUCAAAUGGAUUCUAUGA